AUGCACGGUUUACCUCCGACGGAACUUUCAGGGAAACUCGUAGAUGGGAUCAUCUUACUCGAAUCCUGUAUUGGGAAGGGCGGUUUCGGCGCUGUAUAUCGGGCAAAAUUUCUGCCUACGUCAUCGACGGUUGCCGUCAAGGUUGUCCCCCACGAUCGAAACGGUCGGCAGUAUUGGAGACUCAAAGAUGAGAUUUUCCUACACUGGUGCAUGUCGGCUGAUCCAUCCGUAAUCACCAUGCGAUGCUCUGUUAAGGACGGGUCGUACACCUAUAUCAUCAUGGAUAUGGCAUGUGGAGGGAACCUUUGCGACUGGAUAUGCACUCUACGAGGCAACCCUCUUUGUCUAUCCACCUUCGCUCGCAAGAGGGACCUAAUGAUUCAGCUCAUCGACGUGAUCAUUCGAUGUCAUGCUCGAAACAUCUUCCAUCGAGACCUGAAACCCGAAAAUAUCUUACUGGACGGAACUCGAAGUCAAAUUUAUUUAUCGGACUUUGGAUUGGCCAUGAAACAUCCCCUGUCUCAUAAGCCUCGCGAUGGGACGGUCGAGUUUAUGAGCCCGGAGUGUCUUGGAGAGCACAUGAGUCGUAACUACGAGCCGUACAUGAAUGGUCCAUCCGAUGUAUGGUCACUUGGAAUCCUCUUUCACAUAUUAAUGUUUCACGAAAAGCCAUGGCAGAAAGCAUCGAUCAACGACGCUCAUUUCUUCGGAUACCUUGCCGAUCGCAGUAGCUACUUCCUUAGGAGUCGCAACAUUACCAUCGAGGCUCACAGAUUACUUACCGGCGUUUUUCAGCAUAAUCCUGAACAGCGACUGACCUUACAAGAGUUUCGA